GACUGUUCGAAGAAAAAACAUGGCCGCGACACCUGUGACAGCUUGACAGUAAAAAUAUUUUUAAAAAACGACCGAGAAAAAGUUCUUAAAAUAUAAUUAAAGCGAACGCUUCUUAUCGUUAGAUUUUCGUGCGGCGACCGUUCAAAGUCUACCCUCGUUCCCGUACGCGUUCUGUCAGUGAAAAUAUGUGAAAAAGUGCUGAAAAUUCGUAUAUCCGAUAGUGUUGUUUUCGUGACCACCUGGCUUACUGCGAUCGGGCCCCAUUCUUUUACGAAUUAUGGACACCCAGCAUUUUGCAACCAAUUAUUCAAGGUCUCUAGCAUUAAAUUGACCUAGCCGCUGUCUCGGCCACACCGGAUGCCUCCGUUGGCGGGCGCCCCCCUGCCCGUCCGCCAGCAGCUGAGGCGCAUGGAGCGCGCGACGGCCGUCAUGGCGGCGAUGGCGGGGCGUCGCCAGCGCCACUCGCGCACCCCACCCCCUCACGUCGUCGCCCCGCCGCCCAGCGCCAAUUCCCUGCCUCCCUCCACCGCGUCGUCGUCGUGCUGCGACUCGCCGCCCGACUCUGCGCAGCUCAGCCGCCUGUGCACUGCGCUGUACGACUACGCGCCCAAGGGCGAGGACGAGCUGAGUUUGAAGAAGGGGCAGAUCGUGGAGGUGCUGAGUAAGGACGCGCGGAUAUCGGGGGACGAGGGCUGGUGGACGGGGAAGGUCGGAGAAAAGGUUGGGAUCUUCCCAUCGAACUUCGUAGCCCCUUACGACGACAUCAACACUGUCGAUUCCAUUUUCACUCAAGUCAAUCUGGUCAAAAUCGAUUUCAACGAACUCAAGCUGGAAGAGGUUAUAGGUGUCGGCGGCUUUUGUAAGGUGUAUCGUGGCGAAUGGCGUGGCAAGGAAGUGGCCGUGAAGGCCGCUCGCCAGGACGCCGACGAGGACCUGAAGGUGACCAUGGAGAACGUCAUCAAGGAGGCGAAACUCUUCUGUCUCCUGCAGCACGAGAACAUCGUCUCGCUCAAAGGAGUCUGCUUGCAGGAGCCCAAUUUGUGCUUAGUGUUAGAGUACUGCCGAGGCGGUUCGCUGAAUCGAGUAUUGGCCGGUCGAAAAAUUCGACCGGACGUCUUGGUGGACUGGGCCAUCCAGAUCGCGCGAGGCAUGGACUAUUUGCAUUCCAAGGCGCCCAUCUCGCUCAUACACAGGGACCUGAAGAGUUCGAACGUAUUACUUAGCGAAGAAAUCGAAAACGACGACUUACAAGGCAAGACUUUGAAAAUUACCGACUUUGGCUUGGCCAGAGAAGUUUACCAAACUACGAGGAUGUCACAGGCGGGAACAUACGCCUGGAUGGCUCCCGAAGUGAUAAAGCAUUCCACAUUUUCGAAGGCGAGCGACGUGUGGAGCUACGGCGUGCUGCUGUGGGAACUGCUGACGGGCGAGGUGCCCUACAAGGGCAUCGAUACGUUGGCGGUGGCCUACGGGGUGGCCGUCAACAAGCUCACCCUACCUAUACCGAGUACUUGCCAUCAGCCCUGGAAAGACCUAAUGGAGAGAUGUUGGGCAUCCGAUCCUCACGAUCGACCACCUUUCGAAAGGAUCCUCCAAGACUUGGACGACAUCUACAACUCGCCUUUCACGCAAACUCCGCACGAAUCGUUUCACAAUUUACAAGAAGACUGGCGGGAAGAGAUCGAAGAGGUACUGCUGGAACUUCGCAGGAAAGAAAAGGCUUGCAAGACAUAUGAAGAGGAAUUGCGUAGCAGGGAAGAGGAUCUCAACCGCGCCCAGCUUCAACAGCGGAUGCACGAGGAACUAUUAAGGCAGAAAGAGCAGGAACUGCACGCCAGAGAGAUGGACAUAUUGAAGAGGGAGUUGAAUUUUAUGAUUAUACAACAAACGCCGACGCCUAAAAAGAGAAAAGGAAAAUUUAAAAAAUCAGGCUUAAGACUGCUGAAAAAAGAAGCCGGUCCCACCAUAAGCCAUCCGUCGGAUUUUAGGCAUACCAUCACUGUGCAACACACAGUAGAUCCUAAAGGGGGGCUCAGCGGGGUUAUUAGCCCCAAUAGUCCCCCUGGGUCUCCGGCGAUACCCCAUUUAAGAGCUAUUGCAAUGCCCGCGGACGGUGUCAAAGGCAAGACGUGGGGUCCCAGCACGUGCCACCAGCGCGAGCGCGGCCAGCUCACCAUGCUGCGCCCCGCCCACGACAACAAGCACACCGCCGCCAUCUGGUCGAAGAGCGCCCCCAACCUGGACAAGACGAAGCUGGGCCAGGGCUCGGCCGCCAUGGCCGCCGAUCUAGAUUACGUGCCGCCCGAAGAUUGGGGACCCGAGUAUCCGAUUGCUGGAGCUGUUAGGCAUAAUAUACCUAUGCCUACGUUGUACAAUGCUGAAGGUCAAAGACUAAAACCAAAGUUGAGCAUAGUGGAACUAGUCCUGUAUAAUAUCGCCGCUAUGCUGGCAGGUGUAGCUUCCGGAUACGACGUAAGACUGUCAAAUAUAUCGCCUUUACAUCCGAGCUUACAACCCAACAGUAGGAUAGAAGUGGUCGAUAUGCCCGCUUGGCGGCCUGUUGAACCGCAAGACUAUGAAUAUUCAACAGUUUCCGGGUACAAUCACAACACCUAUCACGGUCCUACGAAGCAUUACAGACCGAUGUUGACUGGUUCUCAACUGCUGAAUUUGCAAAAUGAGGAGAAACGGCCACUAAGGUUUACUGACUCACCUCAGCAUCACGUACCUAACCCGUCACCUAGGCGGAAAUCUAGCUCUACCAGCAACGAUGGUUCAGAUCUUUAUGGACCUUUUGAGCGGACUGCUACAAUAUACAUUCCAGGGGACUAUCAUGGUUGCCAAAAUGAAUCGGGGCAUUGUAUAGGGUGUAAUAUAAGAACACAAGAGCCAUAUAGCACUUAUAACAGCCAAUACGAUCAGAGUUAUGGGUACAGUUCGGAGCACAGUGGUACAACCACUACAUUGUACGGUUACGGAACUGAUUACGCGUACGACAAUCCUAGUAGUGUUAGUAGUCAUAGUGGAUCAAGGACACCGCAGAGGUUACCAUUGCAAACACAUAGGAGAACGCCAUCUAACGUUUCAAACGCGAGUUCGACGAAUACUAGUGGGUCAAAUGUCAAUCCUAGUUUUAGAUUAGAAGAAGAAUAUACACCGACACAUUAUUUACCAAGAAGACCGCAGUAUGACUAUGAUUACAAUACAUAUUCUAGGACGAAUUCUCAAGAUUCCAAUAAUUUCGAAAGACCUAGCACGUUAGAAACGGCUGGUUACACAAAAUUGAGAUCAAGUUUAAAGCGUAACAACUACACUGCAUCACCCGGCGGUCAUUCUGGUGGAAACACGCCUACCAACCCUACGCCACCUGACAGUUUAACUAGUGACGACAGUUCGUAUAUUUCGGCUAAAGAUAGCAACAACAGCUCUAUUAGUAGGGUGAGAUUUUCACCGACUACCCUGAUGGAUUUACCUGUACCUGGUCAGAAUUUGGACACGACCAUACCUUUGCAAGCUCGGAGAAAUCGACAGAGGCCAUCGUUGGCUGAAAUGGAUCGCGAAUUUAUGUCGUAAUAGUUACUGAUUUGAAUUGACCUUAAUGUUAAGGCCUUUAUGCAUGAACUUUUAGAUUUUAGAUGAGACUCAAUACUUUUGGUCUUUUAUUUUUAUGCUAAUUUACGAAAUUUUGCAACUCGUUAUAUUUCACUACGAAUUCAAAAUUUUGAAGAUACUUUCAAGAGAAAUAUAUCACAUAAUAUAUUUUAACACUCUUAUACCAACAUUAUUACAUCGAAGUACAAACAUAGAAUUACCGUAAAAUGGGGUGAAUAGAAACAGUUUCGUAGGCUAUUGGCGAUAUACCGGUUGAUAAAAAUGUGGUAUUAUUU